AUGGCGCAAAAUUGUACGGAGUUUCUGUAACGUCGUUUUUGUUAAUAAUAACCGAAAUUUUAGCUUCUUCAACCAUUUUGAGAUCAUGAGGACCUUGUUAACUUCAAGAUUUUUUCUAAGAAAUGAUUGUUUAGCCUUUCGGUGGAGGAGAAAUGUACCACCUUUAGUACAGCAGACAAAAUUCACUGUGACAACUUGGAGUCCAUUAGCUACAGCUUUUAAUUCUCCCCACCCUAAACAGGACCGGUGUUUAGAGCCAACUGGUCUUUUUAGUGUGCAAGAGUUGACUAGUUCGUCUGGAUUUUUAGUUCUAAAAAAUCGAGCCUUGUCAGAAGGUGUUAAAAUUGUUAACGAGGUGUUGGAGUCAAACCCAACCCCUCGGUUAGUAGGGCUGUUUGAUAAGCUGUCUGAUACUCUGUGUGCCGCGGCUGAUUUGGCAGAAUUUGUGAGAUUGACACAUCCAGAUGAUCAGGUUAGAGGAGCAGCAGAAGACACUUCGAGGGGCAUAAGUGGCUAUGUGGAAGAGCUUAACACCAAUCCUGGUCUUUACCAUGCAUUGAGGAAGCUUCUCUCCACUGACACACAUCAGAUGAAUGAGGAAACAAGAAGAGUUGGGGAGUUAUUUUUAUUUGAUUUUGAACAGAGCGGUAUUCACCUAGAGGAAGUGAAACGCAGGCAUUUUGUUGAGCUUCAGGAGGCUUUGUUAGUUAUUGGUGCACAGUUCUCUCAUGCAGCAGCAUCUCCUGUUCAAGUUCCAAUCUCCCAUUUGCCAUUGGGUGAUGAACUUGCUCGUAUCUACCCAGUGGAUGGUGAUCAUGUCUUUAUAGACUCUGCAUUUCUGGACUCUAAUAAUGAGAAGUUGCGUGAAUUGGCAUAUUUGACCUGCUUGAAGCCAGUAGAAUCACAAUGCAAAACUCUGGAUUUACUUCUUACCUUGCGCCAUCAACUUGCUCAGCUGGUAAACUAUCCAAGCUAUUCUCAUCGUGCAUUAACUGGAACAAUGGCAAAAUCUCCAGAAAAUGUCAUGGACUUUUUAAAACAAGCUGCAAAUGUACUUCUCAAACCAGCACAUACGGAAAUGCAAUUAUUGACCAGGUUGAAGAGAGAGAUGACGAAAGAUCAAAACUUAAAGGAAAUCAUGCCAUGGGAUCUGCACUACUACUCAGGUAUAGCUAAAUAUCAAUCAGCAAAGAUAAACAGUUCAUCUAUAUCAGCAUACUUUCCACUCGGAGCUUGCAUGGAUGGGUUGGAUUUGUUAUUCAGGGCUCUGUUUGGAAUAACAUUAGAAGCUCAGGAACCAGCUGAGGGAGAAUUGUGGUCUUCUGAUGUCCAAAAAUUGGGUGUGGUACAUGAGACAGAGGGACUCCUGGGUUACAUCUAUUGUGACUUCUUCAACAGAGCAGAGAAAUUACAGCAAGAUUCACACUUCACUAUAAGAGGUGGUCGAGAACUUGAUGAUGGAUCCUACCAGCUUCCCAUUGUUGUUGUGGUGUGCAACUUUCCUUCCCCUGGGGUGUCUUCCCCUCCACUUCUCAGUCAUAGCAUGGUAGAAAACUUGUUUCAUGAAAUGGGUCAUGCAAUGCAUUCCAUGCUGGCCCGCACUCAGUAUCAACAUGUGACAGGUACCAGGUGUUCCACAGACUUUGCUGAGGUUCCUUCAGUACUCAUGGAGUACUUUGCAUGGGACCCAAGAGUGUUGAUGAAGUUUGCCCGUCAUCAUAAAACUGGGCAAAGCCUGCCAGAGGAAUUUGCACAGCGCCUCUGUCAAGGGCGGACAAUGUUUGGAGCUUUGGAGAUGCAGAGGCAGGUUCUCUAUGCAAUGAUUGAUCAGAUUUAUCACAGUAAGCACCCAUUAGGUGGAUCUACUACAGAUAUUCUGGCCCAAGUUCAAGAGAAGUACACACUGAUACCACAUGCACCAGGGACAGCUUGGCAACAGAGGUUCAGCCAUCUCAAUGGUUAUGGAGCAAAGUAUUAUUCAUACUUGUGGUCCAGAGCUGUAGCAUCACGUAUCUGGCAUCAGUGCUUUGCCAAUGAUCCUUUUUCACGAGAAAUGGGUGAAAGAUAUCGUCACACUAUGCUGGCUUAUGGAGGUGGAAGAGAACCAAAUUUCCUUGUUGAGGACAUGCUGGAGAAGAAAUUUACCACUAGCGACCUGGUGCAAUCAUUGCUGGAUGAUCUGAAAUCCUCAAAUCCAUUUUUUCAAUCUUAACUUUAUGUGAAGUUUGAACUAUUUUUGUCACAGCUAAGAGUUGCUAUCAGUUGUAGCUAUCAGACUAGGAUGGCAAGGUUGUGAUGGCCUGUGCUAAAACCUGGAAAACCAGAACAUGCUGGAACAUGCCAGAACAUCCAACAAUGUGCCAGAACAUGCUGGAACAUGCUGGAACAUCGGAACAUGCUGGAACAUUGUGGAAUUUCAAAAAAAUAAGAAUAAACAUAAAAAUUUGAUAAAAAUAGUUUUAAAAAAUGUCAAAAACUUCAGUCUUUGAUAAUCUUUCUGUCUUUUGUUUUUGUUGUGACAAUUGCCAGGCAGUGAUAAUUGCCUGACAGCUGGGCAUGGUCUCAAAUAGACUAAAUGCCCUGCAGUCAGAAAUUUUCCCAAAAGGUUCUUUCAAACUUCUUGAGAAUAUCAAAUGUUUGUUUAAGAAUGUCAAGCCAUUCCAAAAAUUAGUUUGCUGUUCUAGUGGAUAAAUGUUCUGAGCUUGUGCUUACCGUAAUAUUGCAUGGUUGUUGACACCCAGAAUUCUACACUUCUGGUCAGACAGCCAGGCAUGGUCUCAAAUGGACUUAAGGUCCAGCAGUCAGAAAUUUUUACUACCAAACCAGGUUUUAACUGCUAUGUAUGUCACACCUUUGUAUCUUCGUAAUAAACACUUGGAAUUGUUACA